AUGGUCGUCUCCUCUAUGCAGCACCAUCCCCACCACUCGCAGGGACCGGCGCCUCCCCAGCAUCCCCGACCAUCGAGCAUUGUGCACCAGCAGCACCACGCGCCGCCGCCGCCCUCACAAUACUCUUCCUCCCACUCCAUCCAGUCGCCAUACCAGCAGUCUAGCCACGCGCAAGGCGGCCAGCACUCCCAAGACCUGCCCUACUACGCUCACCAGAGCCCGUACAGCACUCCUGGAACCACUAGCGGAUACACUUCCGCAGACACAUCCGACAUGAUGGCCGCAGCUCAGAUGCCUCGUCCGUACCCGCCUAUGUCGUAUCAUACGCCGCAGUCCAACUCGCCUGCCUCGGUUGCCUCGCCGUCUGGACAUGAUCAGCACCGCAGCAUCUAUGGCCAGCCGCCGUCGCAGCUUCACCAGCAGUCUAUGUACUAUGGCUCCCAGCAGCCUCAGUAUCCUUCAAUCCCUCAGCAGACUGCGCCAUCUCCGUACCAGAACCAUGGCCAGCAGCACCAGUCGAUGACUUCGCAGCCCGGCAUGAUGAUGUCGCACGGCCAGCACCAGAUGUCUCAGCACCCUGGUCAGCACAGCCAGCAGGGUAUGACUGGCAGCCCCCGCCACGCGAAGAUGGAGCCUCAGAUGCCUCCGCAGCUGCACCGGCCUCCAUCAGGACCUCUGGGGACUCCUCAGCAAAACCAGAAUGGUGGUCAGCUCAACACUCCCACUGGUGCCUCGACACCAGGCGGGAUCAACAACAAUGCGGCCCCCGGGCCUAUCCCAGCCACCACCCCCCUGGUCGUGCGGCAAGACAACAACGGCGUCCAGUGGAUCGCGUUCGAGUACUCUCGCGACAGAGUCAAGAUGGAGUACACUAUCCGUUGCGACGUCGAGUCUGUGCUCACAGACGACCUGCCGGCCGACUUCAAGACGGAGAACUGUGUCUAUCCUCGGGCCUGCUGCCCCAAGGACCAGUACCGCGGAAACCGCCUGCAGUACGAGACGGAAUGCAACACUGUCGGCUGGGCGCUUGCUCAGCUCAACCCUAGCCUGCGUGGCAAGCGUGGUCUGAUCCAGAGAGCCGUGGAUAGCUGGCGCAACAGCAACCAGGACCCGAGACUGCGGAGUAGACGCGUCCGGCGCAUGGCCAAGAUGAACACGCGCAAGGCUGUUCAGAGCCCACACCCGCACAUGGCUGCCCCUAACGGUCCUGGGGGCCUGCCCCCACAAGGAGCCAUGGGCCCCGGUGGUGCGCCGCCCAUGGGUAAGCCCGGCAUGAGCCACAUGGGUCCAGGGAUGCACCACCAGCAACACCACCACGACUCGGCCGGACAAGGCGGCGGAGACGAAGUCGGUAUGUUUCACCAGAUGUGA